GGAGGCUGUGCCUCCGGGUUGCGCGGAGAGUCCGAGUCAUUUCUCAGAAACCUGGGAUAGGUGGGCCUUAGAGGAGACACCGCCCGAGCACCGCCAGGAUAAGGAAUUGCACCCUUGUCCAUCUGCUUGGGAGAGACAGAACUUGGCACUUCUCUGCGUGGAGGUGAGGGAGAAGCUGUCAGCCAGCCAGAAGAGCGUUGAAGUCCUCCGAUGGCUGGUGGGAGGAGGUGAACACCGCCAGGGAAGAUGGUCUCCGGUUUGGGCCCCGCGUAGCAGCAGCUCCCAGGCCAGGCCCAGGGAUGUGCCUUUAGAGCACCAUGGACCGAGCCCACAGCGCAGCCCUGCAGCUGCACCAGCUGCCGCCCACCAGCAGCGCCGACCCGCUCAGCGAGCUUUCCUUCUCCUACAAGGAAAACCUGAUCGGCGCCCUUUUGGCAAUUUUUGGGCACCUUGUGGUCAGCAUUGCGCUUAACCUACAGAAGUACUGCCACAUCCGCCUGGCAGGAUCCAAGGACCCCCGGGCCUAUUUCAAGACCAAAACAUGGUGGCUGGGCCUGUUCCUGAUGCUGCUGGGUGAGCUGGGCGUGUUCGCCUCCUACGCCUUCGCUCCGCUGUCGCUGAUCGUGCCCCUUGGCGCAGUCUCCGUGAUAGCUAGUGCCAUCAUAGGAAUCAUAUUCAUCAAAGAAAAAUGGAAACCUAAAGACUUUCUGAGGCGCUACGUCUUGUCCUUCGUUGGCUGCGGUCUGGCCAUCGUGGGCACCUACUUGCUGGUGACAUUCGCACCUAACAGUCACGAGAAAAUGACGGGCGAGAACAUCACCAGGCACCUCGUGAGCUGGCCUUUCCUCUUGUACAUGCUUGUGGAGAUCAUCCUGUUCUGCUUGCUGCUGUACUUCUACAAGGAGAAGAACGCCAACAACAUCAUCGUGAUUCUUCUCCUGGUGGCAUUACUCGGCUCCAUGACGGUGGUAACUGUGAAGGCCGUGGCUGGGAUGCUCGUCUUGUCCAUACAGGGGAACCUGCAGCUCGACUACCCCAUCUUCUACGUGAUGUUCGUGUGCAUGGUGGCCACCGCUGUCUACCAGGCCGCGUUUCUAAGUCAAGCCUCACAGAUGUACGACUCCUCUUUGAUUGCCAGCGUGGGCUACAUUCUGUCCACUACCAUUGCCGUUACAGCAGGUGCAGUGUUUUACCUGGACUUCAUUGGGGAGGACGCGCUGCACAUCUGCAUGUUUGCACUGGGGUGCCUCAUUGCAUUCUUGGGCGUCUUCUUAAUCACACGUAACCGGAAGAAGGCCAUUCCAUUUGAGCCCUAUAUUUCUAUGGAUGCCAUGCCAGGUAUGCAAAACAUGCAUGACAAAGGAAUGACGGUUCAGCCUGACCUCAAAGCUUCUUUUUCCUAUGGGGCCCUGGAAAACAACGACAAUGUUUCUGAGAUCUACACUCCUGCCACACUGCCAGUCAUGCAAGAGGAACACAGCUCCGGGGGUGCCUCUGGGGUUCCCUACCGAGUCCUGGAACACACCAAGAAGGAAUGAGCCCACCUUGAAGGAGACUCUCCUUCCCUCCAUUUAUAACUCUCAAGCCGAGCCGA